AUGGACGGAGAGAAAUUAAAUUUGGACAAUAUUAUUGCGAGAUUGCUUGAAGUCAGAGGCUCAAAACCCGGCAAAAAUGUUCAAUUGACAGAAAGCGAGAUUAAAGGGCUGUGCCAGAAGUCGCGCGAAAUAUUCUUGAGUCAGCCAAUUUUGCUAGAACUCGAAGCACCAUUGAAAAUCUGCGGUGACGUUCACGGACAAUACUAUGAUCUUCUGCGAUUAUUCGAGUAUGGCGGGUUUCCACCAGAAUCGAAUUACUUGUUCUUAGGAGACUAUGUUGAUAGAGGAAAGCAGUCACUUGAAACAAUCUGUUUGCUGCUUGCUUAUAAAAUUAAAUACCCAGAGAACUUUUUCUUAUUGCGAGGAAACCAUGAAUGUGCGUCGAUCAACCGAAUCUAUGGUUUCUAUGACGAAUGCAAGCGGCGGUACAACAUUAAACUUUGGAAAACAUUCACCGACUGCUUCAAUUGUUUACCGGUCGCUGCCAUCAUUGACGAGAAAAUCUUCUGCUGUCACGGAGGACUUUCGCCAGACUUGCAAUCAAUGGAACAAAUUCGCCGCAUUAUGCGACCAACUGAUGUCCCCGAUCAAGGACUUCUAUGCGAUCUUCUUUGGUCGGAUCCUGAUAAGGAUGUCACUGGUUGGGGAGAGAAUGAUCGAGGAGUUUCAUUCACAUUCGGACCAGAAGUGGUGGGAAAGUUCCUUCAUAAGCACGAUCUUGAUUUGAUAUGCAGAGCUCAUCAGGUUGUGGAAGAUGGCUAUGAGUUCUUUGCCAAGCGCCAACUGGUCACAUUAUUCAGCGCGCCCAACUAUUGCGGCGAAUUUGAUAACGCCGGAUCGAUGAUGACCGUUGAUGAAACGCUUAUGUGCUCGUUCCAGAUUCUGAAACCAGCAGACAAGAAGAAGUUCCCAUAUGGUGGCGGUGUAGGCUCGAAUCGGCCCGUCACACCACCAAGAAAUGCGCCGGCCGCACAAGCGAAGAAGGGUAUGAAAAACGCCAUUUCGAAAGUCCAUAUUGAUACGCACCCAACGGAGCAGGCGAUUGUUGUCAGAUUUGAGAAUAAAAUUGGAUCAUCGUCGCAGAUUUCAUCGAGAUCGAGAGCCGCGUCGGCAAAUUUAAAGCAGAAUGCGCAAAAAAUAAUCAACCUCAAAGAUCUCAAUGCAAACGUCGAUAUUCAAUCGUUGUGCAAUUUGAUCCUUCAAAAAUGCCCAUUUGUGCCGACGAGCUCGAGAAGUGAGCUGGAGCAGGCGCUCUACUACCUCCAGAAACGCGGGAAUCAACGGAUGAGCACGAGAUCGCGAAGCUCAUCAGCCGUCUCCCUGGAACGCCGACAAAUGACGCCAAUCAACGUCGAGUUGGAGCGCGUUGAUGAAUACAUUGAGUAUUUCUAUGGCGAAACGGCUGUCGAGAAGAACAAGGGCGCGAUGGCGAUAUGUGAGCUGUCGAAAAUUGAGUCGAACUUGCCGGCGAUGGUCGAAAACGAAACCCUAGUUGGAGCACUGUCGCGCGUGUUUCGCGAAGAUUGGAAGCGCAGUUUCGACGUCGCUACGAAUAUCAUGUCGACGUUCGUCAAUUUUUCAAGAUUCUCGAAAUACCAUCCCGUUUUGUUGCAUCACAAGAUUGGCUCGUUGUGCGUGCUCGCCAUCGAUCACGAAUCGAAACGAUAUGAUUCGUGGAUUCUCGAGAUCAAAAAGGCCGACGGUGAUACGGCGAAGAAGUUGCGAAUUGCGAUCAGAAAACAAUCGAGCCUUCUAGCGGCUUGCGUCACAUUGCUAACGAAUCUCGCCGUCGACAUCAACGUCGAGCUGAAAAUGGUGCGUCGCGAUCUCGUCCAGCUCCUCAUCAAAUGCCUUCAAAUGUCGCUUGAGUCGCAAAACUCGCUGACGUUGGCCAGUAUUCGAUUGUUGCUCAAACUGAGCAUUUUCGAGGAGAACAAAUUGGUGAUGGAGCAUCAUGGUGUCGUCGAGAAGCUCGUCAAGUUGUUCCCGAUUCAGGAUGCCGACUUGCGCAAAGUCACCAUCAAAUUGUUGUUCAACUUCUCGUUUGAGCCCAAAAAUGUGCCGAAAAUGGUGGACGGCGGCCUAGUGACUCAUAUCGCCUCAUUGAUCGAAGACGACAAUAAAGCAUUGAAUGUGCUCUACCUAUUGAGUUGCAACGACGACGCGAAAGCGAUGCUCGCGUUCACCGACGCGAUUCAAUUGCUGAUGCGCGACGUUCUCAGCGGUCAGGGAAGCGAGGUGACGAAGGCGGUGCUGUUGAACACGUGCAUCGAGAAGCGCAACGCGCAACUCGUUUGCGGACCCGAUGGUCAGGGAUUGGACCUUCUCAUGGAUUUGGCGUUGAGCUCGCGAGACCUGAUGAUUGUCAAAGUGGUUCGAGCGAUCGCCGCGCACGACGGACAAACGCAGAAUAUGUUUCUGAAAUGGGUGCCGAAACUUCUCGAAAUCGCCAUGGCUGAUGGUCUCGAUUCGUCGGAAUCGAAAUCGUCAUUCGCUCUUGAAUGUAUGGGCACGAUUGCCGAACUUCGAGUGGCGCCAUGGGCGAAAUUGUUAAAGGAGCAUCACAUGAUUCCCUGGAUGCAGGAGCUUCUUCAAUACGAGUUCGAGGAGCCUGGCGAACAAUCAGUGAUGAACGAUCGGAAGCCACUUCAGCUUCAGGUCGUCAUCGCUUCGGGAACGAUGGCGAGGCAGCUGGAAGCGGCGCGAAGCUUGAUACCGCUCAUCGACACGUUCAUUGCGCUUCUGCAAUCGACGCAAAUUGACGAUGAGUUUGUCGUGCAGCUCCUCUUCGUGUUCCUCCAGCUCCUUAGGCAUAAAGAGCUGGCUGAGCGUCUGAUGGGCGCCGAGUCGGCGCUCGGCGCGCACAUGAUCGAUUUGAUGCACGACGCGAACGCGGCGGUUCGCGAGAUUUGCGACAACGCGCUUCUCAUCAUGGAGGAGCAUUCGCAUGAUUGGGCGCGAAGGAUCGCCGGCGAGCGAUUUAAAUGGCAUAAUGCCCAAUGGCUCGAGAUGGUUGAGCGGGAAGCCAAUGGGAAUGGAAUGUACGAUGAUGAGGAUUACGGUGCCGAUCUCAAUUUUGAUCACUUUGACGACGGUUUUGAUAUCAAUGAGCCAAUAUUUUAG